AGUGUCAUUGUGCUCCAGUUUCGCAUAUGCGAAAGGAUGUAUACAUCCUUUCGCAGUAGACAUUCCUCGAGAACCAUUUAUUAUUAAAUACUUAUUUAUGGUCAGUAUUUUCAUACCUCCAUUCAUUCCUGCACACAAAACGAUAAAAACGGAAAUUCUCAUCCAGGGGACAUUUAUACAUAAAUAUACCAACUUCACCUGGUUUGUAUGCAAAAUAUUUCACACAUUAGGAAUUAAUUAUCACCAUGAGCGGUCGUAUUUAGUGUGUCAAUUAUCAUCUCGAAACUCAUAAUCGACUAUAUUAUCCUUAUUUCAUCCAUUCUUGGUGAGCAAUUUAGUCCGUUCCAUAAAUGCAUGGCUAAAUUUUGAUCCUGUACCGUACCGUAAGGUGCAGCUUCUCAAAAGUGUAUUCUAGAAGGAAGGAAGCUGCAGAUGCAUCUUUUUAUAUUUAUGUUUCUAUGCAUUAGCAUAAACGGUCAGCGUCAGUGUAGUUAAUAAAUGAAGUAGUGAUAAUUAACGAUGAAUCAUUAUUAAUCCUAAGUCGCUGUGCGGUUAUCACUUCUUCGGCCCCCUUUUCAGACAUCCCCACACAUACACAACAAUGCUAGAAUAACAUCUCAAAUGGCCUACCAAAAUAUGUAAUAUGUCCAAAAGUAGAAUAUUUGGCUCUCCUAUCUGUUUUAUCUAAGUACUGCUAGUACCUCCCUGAUUCUGUUAUUACGUAUGUAUACUACCUUAAUUUUUGACUGAAACGGAGGAUAUAUUAUGUAUGCAUGGACUAUAUCAGACAGCUUCUGGGUACAUCAUUUUGUCUGCAAAUGUUUUAAUAACUGGUCCACCUGAACUACACAAUCUUACAUUUAUUUGACAGACCCAUCUCAAUCAGUUUAAAAACUACUCGUCAUUCGUCUGUGUGUGUGUGUUAUUAUUUUCUAAUCGGGCAACCUCAGGAUAGAAUAAUCCAUCAUGAGCAGAAUAGUUAUUCCAUGGAAAACGCUAUUGACCAACCCCCAGUGACUGGCACAUUACAUAGAUAACAUAAAUUUGGUUUAAUACACUUCAGAGAACAGAAUCAUGCGAAUUCCACAAUUUCAAAACAAUAUUCUCGUUGUAAAUGGCGUCAUUAUUGUUGUUUGGCUCCAGCUUUGCUCCCAAGUGGCCGCCGUCUCAAAUCCGUUGUGGAUACUAGAAACAAAGAACACGUUUUGCUACAAUCCGAAUCUGGGCUGUGGUCCAGCAAACUGGCCAGAAACAUGUCACACCGGUCGACACCAGUCCCCCAUCGACAUCCAGGCCCCCAAAGUCAGCAUUUACAAACGGUGGACUCACUUUACCUUCAACCAGCCCUACACCUCCAGUCAGUCCACUUUCUACGCCAGGAACACUGGCCACUCCUUUCAGGCGCAGUUUGAGGAGGGGGUGACCCCGUCGUCUUCCCUGACCGUGGGAGGAGCCAUGCUGAGCGAAGAUUAUCGUUUCGGCCAACUCCAUUUCCACUGGGGAUCAGAACACACGGUCAAUGGGCUCAGAUAUCCCUUGGAGCUCCACAUUGUUCACUACAACACCAUCAAGUAUCACAGCCUCAUGGACGCAAUAUCUGCUGAGAAUGAUCCCACAGCACUGGCAGUUUUCGCUAUUUUCUUCCAGGUGGGCGAGGAGAACCCAGCUCUGGAACCUUUGGUGCGAGCGGCGACGCGUUCGAUGGAGGUUCAAGAUGAGUACACCCACUACUCCACCCCAAUCAACGUCGAGCACCUGCUUCCUGAAAAGCUGAGCUUUGUGCGCUACUCUGGCUCCUUGACGACCCCACCCUGCACGGAGAACGUGGUGUGGACCGUCUUUCGGCACCCCGUCACCAUUUCUAGUCGACAGAUUAAAACGUUUCAGCGGGUUCGGAAUGACGAUGGCGAGUUGUACACAAACUACCGACCCACCCAGCCGGUGAAUGGGAGGAGGGUGGAGACCUAUGGGGUCCCAGGCUUGCGACAAUUAGCCUUCGUCACCCACAACAAGGGCGGAAUUGCGAUCUGGUGGGAUCGCCUCGUCGAUAUUCUGAGCAGUCUCCUCCAAUUCACACAACGCCAGCUCAGUUCACAGGUCGCAUUCUGGCGCCAGGCUUUGGAAAAUGCCCUCCAUAUGUUCUCAUCGUCUAGCAUCUCACUUCCCUUCACGGACCUCCACCUGCUAUUCUAGUAUCGAUUCGAGUCAGUCACAUAACAGAUCCGUCAUGAAUGUUUAAUAUGUAAAUACGUGUGCAUGAUCAUCAAUCAUAGCGUUGGACAUAAAGUACUUUGCAUGGCGCCGGUGUUUCUAGGUUCGGCCGUAACUCAACCUUGUGUGUCCAUGUGUCUGUCUACAAAUUCCACAAAUUCACACUUUUACAUAAAUUGCUUGUGCGUCACGAUUUUACUAACGUAGAAUUUAAAUAAUAAGUUACAUAAUACAUAAUAAAUAAUUGAAUACCUCUCCUGCCCUCA